ACAUCUCUCUCUCUCUGUCUGGCUCUGCGAGGACCCAGACAGAAGCAACAGAGGACCUGAGGGGAAGGCCAGCUGCGUGGGGAGGGGCCCUUUGUCAGAAAAAAGGAAUAUUCUUACUGUUCUCACCAGCCGGCUCUGGAGUAAACACGCGGCUUUUCUUUUCUUCGCCUGCCUUUCUGUGCAAACAGCGCAGCCCGAGCCGACACUCACUCGGCUCGGACCCGGACAUCCAGCUUCCACCGGGGCAACACAGGGGGUGGAUGUUAUUUUGGAGCACCGUGCGCCGCUUCUCCCCCCCUCUCCCAGCCGCGAUUCCUUCGCACGGACCAGUUGUCUCCGCAAACCGGGUCCGGUGCCUCUCCCCUCUUCCUCCUCCUCCUCCCCUCUCCUUUCUCUCUCUCCCAGCCCGGUCGCCCCUCCGCGUGCCCUCCUCCGCGCCUCCCAUCCGACGCGGCGACGCUGCGGAGUCGCCACGAUGCCCAGCUCGCUCUUCGCCGACGGCGGCGUCCAGGGGGACGCGCUGGAAGACCAGCGGGCGCUGCAGAUCGCACUGGACCAGCUCUCCCUGCUCGGCCUGGACAACGACGACAACUCCCCGUACGACAGCGACCAGGAGCCCCGGAAGAAGAGCGUCAACAUGACCGAAUGCGUCCCGGUGCCCAGCUCCGAGCAUGUGGCCGAGAUCGUGGGCAGACAAGGUUGUAAGAUCAAAGCGCUGCGAGCAAAGACCAACACCUACAUCAAGACCCCAGUUCGAGGCGAGGAGCCUGUUUUUGUGGUGACGGGAAGGAGGGAGGAUGUGGCCAUGGCCCGGAGGGAGAUCAUUUCUGCUGCCGAGCACUUCUCCAUGAUCCGGGCCUCCAGGAACAAAAACGCCAGUGUGAACGGGAGCGGCACCCCAGCUCCCGGACCACCUAACCUGCCCGGGCAGACCACCAUCCAGGUCCGGGUGCCUUAUCGCGUGGUGGGGUUGGUCGUGGGCCCCAAGGGUGCCACUAUCAAGCGCAUCCAGCAGCAGACCCACACCUAUAUUGUGACGCCCAGCCGAGACAAGGAGCCGGUCUUCGAGGUGACGGGGAUGCCGGAGAAUGUGGACCGAGCACGCGAGGAGAUUGAAGCCCACAUUGCCAUGAGGACGGGCGGCCUUAUUGAGCUCCAGGAUGAAAAUGACUUCCAUGCCAACGGUACAGAUGUGGGUUUUGAUCUGCACGGACACGCCACCCUGUGGUCCAAGCCCAGUGCCGGGAUGACUCUCACCUCAGUUCGCAAGCCCUUCUCCAACUACCGCAACGACUCAUCUUCCUCCCUGGGCAGUGCCUCCACAGAUUCCUACUUUGGUAACAACAGCUCACGCAUGGCAGACUACAGCCCCCCCAGCCCCGCACUCAGCUACACCACCACCAACAAUAAUGGCAACAACAAUAACAACAACAUCAACGUCAACACCAACGGCAACAGGUUCGUUUUCGGAAGCGAGGUGAUCUCGCCCGACUGCACUGAUGUGACUUUUGACUCCUCGCCAGGGUUCGACCCAACGCAACCCCCGCCGGGCCUCCUAUGGACCCAAAGUGAUAGUCGCAUGACCCCCUCCUCGACUGGAGGCAGCUCCCCCAUCUCCACUUCAGCCAUGUUCCUAACCAACACCCCCACUAAUGCCAAUGGGAUAGUGGUGAAUCAGCGAAGGGUUAAUGGAUGUACCCCUCAGCCAAGACUGUCACCUCCACUUCAUAGCCACACAGGAGGCCCCACUGAGCACCCGUUGGCUCGAAGGGUGCGAAGCGACCCGGGCGGAGGCCCACUCACUUUCCCCGGCUACUCCAGUAACAUCGCCUCCCUGCCGGGCCCUCACCUACCCGGGGUUCCAUGUGACUCCUCCGCCUCGUCCUCUUCCUCCUCCUCGUCCUCCUCCACCUCCUCGGGCACGAGCCGAAAGGGCAGCCGCGACUGUUCGGUGUGCUUCGAGAGUGAGGUCAUCGCAGCGCUGGUCCCCUGUGGACACAACCUCUUCUGUAUGGAAUGUGCCAAUCGCAUCUGUGAGAGGAGCGAGCCCAAAUGCCCCGUCUGCCACGCCGGCGUCACUCAGGCUAUACGUAUAUUUUCAUAAGACACGGAACUCUUUGACUGUCUCGUCUGCGAGCGAACAACAGACUCGUCAUACUGCUUUAAUGGGAUCACCCAAUCAUCAUUUGGAACGUGUACAUAGAUAUACAUAUGUAUGUAAGAGGCUGCAGUAUCUAGAAGAAGGGACAGACGGCCCAUUUUGGGCUCAGUCAUAAUUGUUAAUAAUAUACUGUAGCUUGGGAAAUAUUUUCAACAUCUAAGUGCAUGUUUUAAAUAUUACAGCAUAGUUAUCAAAGGUUAUAGUAAAUUUCCCCCUAUGUUUAUGAAAUGAAGUGACACAGUGGGGUCAGGACGGAGGUAAGUGGGUCAAACGGCGGGCUGUUGGCGGGCUGAGCCUUCCAGUUUUGCUGACUGAAUGUAGUAAGAGGGUGCCGUGGCUGAGAAACAUGGAGGGGCUUCCAGCCCGACAAGAUUAUAGACUUACAAAGAUACUGCAGCUUUAGGUCAGAAAACCACGCGAGCGAGAGCAACAACAUAUCCUACAUAUAUAUGUAUAGAAUAAAUCUCGAAAGUUGAACGUUUUAAAAUUGCAUUAAUACAGAUUGAAGUAUUUUUUUCUUCUUUUUUUGACUUGAAAGAUUAUAUUUCUUAUCGCAAAUAUGUUUACAGAUAUUUUAAUUUAAGUUCAGUGAACUUUUUGUAGCUGGGUUGAAAUCUUGUUUAUUUUUGAGUAUGGCCAAAUGGCAUUGAUCACUGUAUUAUUUUAAUAUCACACACAAAUGUGGGAGGAGAUCCCAGUCCACAAAAUUGUGUAUUGCAUCGACAGUAUUCUGUUGGGAUGGAGUUUUUAUAGGUUCAGCAAAAAAAUGUCUUUUAAAUCUGCUUCACCCAGCAUAUUUUUUAUUCAGUAAUAUAAAGCAUAUUUUAUUCUAUAUUAUUAUGAAACAUUGAAAUGUACAAAACUUAGUAAGUUGAACACAAAGGAACUGUUAAUGCUUUCUAAAAUUUGUAUGAAUUAGAUUGCAGUGGGAAUUACAGGCUUCUGUUGCACCACUAUAGUUUUAGUAUUUCUAUUUUAAUACAUUUGUUUACCACUUGUUUAUGUAUAUGUAGGUGAAAUUACUUGACCGUAAAUGUACUCUAUUGAGCAAAGUUUAAGAACAAAGUAUAUUUUAUUUUAUGAUAAAGGGCCUUUAACCUCAUGGUCAAAUACUAAUAUUAUAUUUGCUGAGACAAGAUUUGAAAAAUGUAUCAAGAGUUUUAUUUUUCUGACAUUUAAAGUUAUACAUGAAACUUAAGUAAUGGUGCUACUUCAUCUUUUUUUUUUUAAGUAUUUCUAUAUAAGUCCAAUAAAAAAAACUGGUACAUUGA